AUUUAUAUCCCUUUCAGCUGAUUGUUGAAUCAAGAACCUUCCUUUUUCAGUUGAGGUUUAAGAUCCCAAAUUAGUAAUUCCCAAUAUUUAGAAACUUUCAUCAGAAAAACACGAUUGUUGAAUCAAGAACCAACCUUUUGCGGCUGGGGUGUUGAAAUGGAGGUGGUACAACAUAGGUGGAGGUUAAGGUGGUCAUUCAAGAAUGCUACAAUAGUUGUCACUUUGUUCAAUUUGAUUGCUUCCCUUUUUCUACUUUACAGCUUUUUCUCUUCUUCAUCUUCCAGCAAACCAUCUUCAGUUGAAAUGUAUAUAAAGGAAGCAGAAGAGAUUCGCCGUGCUAUGCUGCCUGUGGAGCUAAUUAAAAGAGUGAAGGAAAUACGGAAAGAAGCAUAUGGCGAACCAGAUCCUGUCCAACAGAAGGAUGCAAAACAGACUGCUGCAGUAGACCUCAUAUCUAGACUGAACAAUUAUCGGUCAUAUUCUGAUUCAGGCAGCGUGAAAGGUAAAUAUUCAACAACCCUCUGGACACUCUUCUUUCCUUCAGACACAAAAAGACCUCUAUAACACUUAGCCAUAAGUUGAGUCCAUCAACUAUGUCUUCUGCCAUUACAGUCAGUCCGUCAACUAUGUCUUCUGCAGCUCUUGGUAUCAGUAAAAGAGAAAUUUUGGUGCUGAUUGAAAUGGCAUAGCAUGAUUCAGUCAGUCGUAUAUCUUCUAUGACUCACACUUAUUGUUAUAUAUUAUAUCAGUCAUCUGAUUUGGUUAUGAAUUGAGGCCAUACAAAGGACAACUUAACAUCAACUUUAUCUGUUCUAUUUCAAUGCAUGUUAGUCCUUGGAGAAGUAGUUUUAAUCAGAUGAGCUCACAUAUGUGUAGGACCCUAGCUUGAUACUCUACUUCUACACUAGGUCUAACACAAUAUGAUGAAAUUGGUCGUGCCCAGAGAAUAUCCAACAAUCUGAGUGACCUUCGUCUUUUUAUAUUGGAGCUCUUUUGAUAACUGUGAAUGUGGAUUACUGAGUCUCAGUAACCUUUAUAUGGAGUUUGAAGAAACUGACCCUCUACACUUACUAUAAAUAUUAUCUGUUCAUGUGAUUGUGAAAUAAUUCAGUUUAUCAAUCAGUUUUCAAAAUCUUCAGUCUUCCUGUGACUUCCCCUGGAUUUGUUUCCUCUAGUGUGUCCGAAAUAGACUUCCCUUGUAAGAUGAGAAUGUUUAUCUUGGACUAUGCUACCUCAAUUCCCAAAAGGUACUUAAUUUAUUUUUUAUUUUCCCAUUCUUUGGCCUAAAGGUGGUUAAACAAAUUCUGCUUGAGUUGAGAUAAAUACAUUUAUCAUGACAAUCACGAAGCAAGAAACUGAACGAUCGGCUUCACUUCAAGCAGUGUUGUGAAGAGCGUGAAGCGAGGAAAAGCGACAACCCCCAUUUCGCUUAAAGCGAGAAGCGAAGCACUCGCUUUUUUGAAGUGAAGCGGAAUUUUAAAAAAAAAAUUAAAAUAAGGGGAAGGGCAGUAUACCAUUCUGUUAAAAACUAGGCAGCAUAAAAACAAUGAUAGAAGAACUGGGCAACAUUUCAACGGAGAGGAGAAGACUUAGAAAGAAGAACCGAAGGUAAAAAAAAAAUAUUCGCCAGCAUUUCGUUGCUAUUUGGAUGCUUAAACAGUGAAAGGAGGAGGAGGAGGAGGAUGAACACCCUUCUUUUUUAAUUAAAUAGGCCGGUAGCUCUUUAAAACAAAGAAGCACACGCUUCGCUCAAUUCGCUUCGCUUCGUCGCUUCUCGCUUUUUAGUGGAAAUCGCACGCUUUUGUCUACCUGAGUCGCUUCAUAUAGCAGAAGCAGGUAAGGGGUCGCUUCUCGCUUUAAGCGAGGAAGCGAGCGCUUUUCACAACCCUGAUGUCAAGUCAUCCCAAAUUGUUGGACUGAACGACACAACUAGUCUUCGAGACCCCAUAAUAUAAGAAAGUCGUGGAAUGCAUAAGCCUCUUUGGAGAUAGGGGCGACUUUCUUUUAUCCCAUAUAAUGACCAAGCUCGCUUGCGCUCUCUCGUGCGUUAUCCUAUUCCGGUUCGAUCAAUGCCAUUCUUCGUUGUAUACCUGACAAAUUUGGAGGUGUAGCCGCAAUAGCAUCAGUUUUUAUGUCCGUUGGUCCACCAAAAAGCUGUGCGCCCCCUUCUGGAUAAUGAGCCAGAGUGAGAGCCCACAAUAAGCUAAUGGAUGCUAUCUCUGCGGGAUAAUUAAUUCCCCCAUUUUAAUUCACGGAUAGCACAGUUGAAAAGACGUAAAGGUAUCUGCGAGCCUGCUUCAGUCCUUGCUACAUUUCCCAUCUCCUCUCUAGCCAUCUCUACAUCUGCCAGAAUCAGAACAUCGACCCAAUUCUGGCAUUUAUGGUGGUGGACAUACUCGAUUGGAAUGGGAAGAACUACUCAUCCAACGAGUUGGCAUACCUCUUAGCAAUCCCUUAAAACCGAGCUUGCCAAGCGCAAUGUUUAAAAAAGCGAUCGCUUCGUCGCUUUAAGCGAGA